AUGGCAUAUCUGGCGCACUUCUCAAGUUUUAAAAAAUCCAUUAAAUUGAAUAAUAAAAUCCCUGAAUAUGCAAAAGACUUCAGAAAAGAAUGGCUUUAUAUUCAAGGGAUUAAUAAAAAGUGUGGUGAUUUUUCAAAAAUGUUAGACGAGACUACUUCUUUUGAAAAAGUUUUCUGGUCUUCAUUAGCAAAAGCACUUAUUAAACACUUUAAAAAUGUUUUGGAGGCUCAAAAAAAGGGGAAACUUCAAAACAUUAGUAAAUUAAAGUUUAAAUUAAGUGCUGUUGAUAAAAUAGUUCAGCUAAGAGUUGACCUAUAUUAUUUUAUGGGAAACAUUUUUUAUGCUGACUUUUUUACAGAUGAUGAAUUUCAAGAUUUUUUUGAGAAUUUUAUCAUCUUCACUAACAAUGUAAACAUUAAAUAUGAAGAAAAUUUUGAAGAUGAUCUUUAUGAUAUAAAUGAUUAUAUUGGGGAAGAAAGAGAAAUUGAUAGUUUAAGUGAAUUAAGUGAUUUUGAUAGUAUUAGUGAAAGUGAAAGUGAAAGUGAUAGUGAUGAUUAA